GAAACUUUUCACAUACGUGUAGCUGCACUUGUUGUGGUUGUUCUGGUGGUUGUACGUGUUGUGGUUGGUCUGGUGGUUGUACGUGUUGUGGUUGGUCUGGAGGUUGUACCUGUUGUGGUGGUCGUACUAGUACUCAUUGUGGUGGAUGUGCUCGUCACGGUGGUUGUGGUGGGUGUGCUCGUCACGGUGGUUGCGGUGGAUGUGCUCGUCACGGUGGUUGUAGUGGAUGUGGUAGUUGCACGCGUCGUGGUAGCUGUACCUACAGUAUUAUUCGUUAUUACUGA